AUGGCUAAAGCGGCGGUGAGUAAUGAUGGUGGCGUCGUUCAGAAACUAACGAAAGGAAAAGGGGUCAUGAUCGAUGGCGAAAAUGCUGAUCAGGGUGCUGAAAUAAUGGAUCACAAGAGACUCAAACAUGAAAUACGAGUGUCAAGAGAGAGGGGAAGAACAAGGAAAAUGGCUAAAUUGUAUGCCGAUCUUCGUGCCUUGCUCCCCAAUCUCCCAACUGAGCCUAAGGCAGAUAAAGCCACAAUCGUGAAAGCGGCCAUGGAGUCCAUCAAAUUCUUGGAGCAAACCCUCCAAAAUCUUCAAAAACAGAAGGUGGAGAGGCUUCAAGGUCAUGUACCCAAUGAUGCUACUGCUGUCGUACCCACUGUUCCAUCGCAAAAUCCAGUCAUUAAUAACAAUGGUGAUGAACCCUUGUUAGUUAACCAGCAGCAGCAGCAGCAGCAGGGUUCGUUAAACGUUUUCGAAACAUGGACAUCGCCUAAUGUCACCAUAAGCAUGUGUGGCACCGAUGCCCAUAUCAGCAUCUGCUCCUUGAAAAAACCUGGCCUUUUCACUACCAUUUGUUUCAUCUUGAAGAAUCAUAAUCACGACAUUGUUUCUGCUCAAAUCUCUUCUGAUGAUGCUAAGACCAUGUACAUGAUUCAUGUUCGUGCUAAUGUACCUCCUGAGUUUGCUGAAGGAUUUCCUUAUGAAGAGAUGUAUAAGAAAGCGGUGGAGCAGAUCGUGCUCUGGAUUAACUUUGAAAAGCUCGAGAAUUAA